CCAGAGUUCCCAGUUCUCCCCAAUCCAAAACGACCAAAACCUCCCACCAACAGCGGCUAAUUCCGACACCUUCCCAGGCCACGGCGCCCUUCCAUGGCCACGGCGUCCCUCGCCUUCGGCCUCCCCUUCCCCUUCCCCUCCGCCUCCCGCCCUCCGCCUUCCAGAAUCCUAGCCCCUCCCAACCCCCGCCGCCUCCCCCUACGCCUCGCCGCCGCGGCCGCACGACGGUUCCGCCCGCCCACCGCCGACGACGAACCUCCUGAGGCCGCGGAGGACUCUUCCCACGGCCUCACCCGCUACGACCAGCUCGCGCGCAGCGUGGAGCGCGCCCGGAGCCGCCAGCCGGAGAUCACCCCCGACAACCCGCUCUUCACGUCCCCCUCCCCGGCCGGAGGCGGCGGCGGGGGCAACUACGACCCCGACGACGAGUUCUUCGACGAAAUUGACCGCGCCAUCGCCGAGAAGCGGGAGGAGUUCACUCGGCGCGGACUCAUCAAGCCGUCCCCUGCUUCGCCGCCGCCGUCGUCGCAAUCGCAGCCGGAGGACGAGGACCUCGCCGACGAGCUCUCCCCUGAGGAGGUGAUCGAUCUCGAUGAGAUUCGGAAGCUUCAGGGACUCAGUGUUGUAUCCGUGGCGGACGAGGAGGAUGAGGAGGUGGAGGGGCGCGAGGACGAGGACGGAGACGAUGGAUUGCCGCUCAACGAGGACGGGGAAGGCUUUGAUGUUGCCGAGGAGCUCGGCCUCGAGGGGGCUAGGAUGCGGCAACCGGCCUUCCGGAUGACGCUGGCUGAGCUCCUUGACGAGAGCAAGCUCGUCCCGGUGGCCGUGACGGGCGACCAGGACGUCGCGCUCGCAGGGGUGCAGCGCGACGCCAGCCUGGUGGCGGCGGGCGACCUCUUUGUGUGCGUGGGAGAGGACGGGCUCGCGGGGCUCACCGAGGCCGACAAGCGUGGGGCCGUUGCCGUCGUAGCUGAUCAAGACCUCAACAUCGAGGGCACCCUGGCCUGCCGCGCGCUGGUCAUCGUGGACGACAUUUUGGCCGCAUUGCGCGUGCUCCCUGCCUGCCUCUACAGGCGUCCGUCGACGGACAUGGCUGUCAUAGGUGUCACUGGCACAGAUGGCGUAACUACCACUACUCACCUCGUCAAAGCAAUGUAUGAGGCCAUGGGGGUGAGGACUGGCUUGGUGGGCGUUCUUGGGGCCUAUGCCUUCGGCAGCAACAAGCUUGAUGCACGCCCUGAUGCAUCUAGUGACCCCAUUGCUGCACAGAAGCUGAUGGCGACAAUGUUACACAAUGGCACUGAGGCAGUUGUGUUGGAGACAGCCACUGAUGGGAUACCUCCAUCUGGUGUGGGUAGUGAGAUAGAUUAUGACAUUGCUGUUUUGACUAAUGUUAGGCACACUGAUGGGGAGGAUGGCAUGACCUAUGAGCAGUAUAUGAGCAGCAUGGCCUCUCUGUUCUCCAGAAUGGUGGACCCUGAUCGCCAUCGUAAGGUGGUGAAUAUUGAUGAUCCAUGUGCCCCAUUCUUCGCAGCACAAGGAGGGCAUGAUGUCCCUGUGGUGACAUAUUCGUUUGAGAACAAGAAAGCUGAUGUGCACACUCUCAAAUACCAGCUUUCCCUGUUUGAGACGGAGGUUCUAGUUCAGACGCCACAUGGGAUCCUCGAGAUCUCCUCUGGGCUGCUUGGAAGAGAGAACAUCUACAACAUCCUUGCAACUGUGGCAGUUGGCAUUGCAGUGGGUGCACCCCUGGAGGACAUAGUCAGGGGCAUAGAAGAGGUGGAUGCGAUCCCAGGCCGGUGUGAGCUAAUUGAUGAGGAGCAAGCCUUUGGGGUAAUCGUUGAUCAUGCGAGGACACCAGAAGCUCUGUCGAGGCUUCUGGAUGGUGUAAGGGAGCUGGGACCACGCCGGAUUGUCACUGUUGUUGGAUGUUGCGGAGAGAAAGAAAGAGGGAAGAGGCCAGUGAUGACAAAGAUCGCGGCUGAUAAAAGUGAUGUUGUCAUGUUGACAUCUGACAAUCCAGCAAAUGAAGACCCACUAGAUAUCCUAGAUGAUAUGUUGGCAGGAGUAGGGUGGACCAUGGAAGAAUACUUGAAAUAUGGUGCUAAUGAUUAUUACCCACCCCUUCCAAAUGGGCAUAGGCUAUUCCUACAUGAUAUUAGAAGAGUUGCAGUGCGAGCUGCUGUUGCAAUGGGCGAACAAGGUGAUGUGGUGGUUAUCACUGGCAAAGGGAACGAUACUUAUCAGAUUGAAGGCGAUAAAAGUGAGUUUUUUGAUGACAGAGAAGAGUGCCGAGAAGCAUUACAGUACGUUGAUCAAUUGCAUCGAGCUGGAAUAGACACCUCAGAGUUCCCUUGGCGGUUACCAGAAAGCCACUGAUUUUGAUUUAGUCAAGAUAGUCGAGUUUAUCAACUCAAGGAGCAGCAUCAGACUCCCAAUUUAAAGAAUGUAUGCUUUUCGAAGAUAGGAUAUCCAAGUCCUGCAAGAAAAUUACUCCUUAAGUGCUGAGUUUUCUAACCAAAAUGCUAACAGCUAACAAACUGCUAGCUUAUCAGCUAUUCAGUUACACUGCCAUACUAGUUAUUAGAUAACCAGAUGCUCCAGUAAAUGUUGUGUAAAUGAGGUGUAGCUGUGAAAGUAGAUUGAUGAAGGUUCCUGAUGUGAAAAGUCAAAGCACAAUGUAAGGGGGGCUUCUGGUAUCACGAUUUCAAAAUAUUUUGCCCCAUGGCAGUGAAUGUAAGAUCUUUUUGAAGUUAUGCCUUCUGUUAUUCUGCCAUCUAGAUUGUGUUUCACAGAAUGCCUUUUUACAUGACAAUAUAGUUUCUUUACUAUUUUAGUUGAUUA